CGAGAAAUUAGAUUAUGGUUAUCCUUGGACCAUGAGAAUGUCUUAAAAAUGCACGGAAUAUUGACUCGCGAUGACAACCCAUUUCCAUGUCUGGUUUCGGAUUAUAUGGAAAAUGAAACGGCCGACAGGUAUCUUUGUAAACCAGGGACAAACCUAAUACACAUGAUAUGCGAUAUCGCCAAAGGAUUAUCGUAUAUACAUAGUAGAGAUAUUGCUCAUGGAGACAUAAAAGCAAACAAUGUAUUGGUCAGUUCCGAUGGUCGUGGACGAAUUGGUGACUUCGGUCUUUCACGAAUGCUUGGGAAUAAUGGUCUCGCGCUUGAGGUAACCUCCAGUGAUUGCCAGAGGUGCAACCGCUGGAUGGCUGUCGAGUAUGCAUCGUUCGACACGGAAGGGAAGGCCCCUUCGGGACCCACCAAGCCAGGCGAUGUUUGGAGUUUUGGAUGCACAAUUUUGGUGAGCCGUUGCCAAAGAACAUAUAGUUUCCUCACUUAA